AGAACCAGCUCUGGGGAAGGGUCUCCAUUGCGGGCGGGCGGGCGCCUGUCAGGGUCCGAGGGAGUGGCCGCCCCCAGGUACGCCCGGGCCCAGGUGUCUGGAUCUCAGGCUGCCGCCCCUGCAGACACCCAAGCUAUGUCAGUCAUGCUGGGAGCCAGGACGAAUCACGUCCCUGAGCUUGCGUUAGUCCCUUCCUGCUAGCGUGCCUCAGUUUACCUCUGAGUGAGCCGAGGGAGAAGUCUGCCUGCCUGGCCGGAGCGGCUCCCUCAUCUCCGAGGGCAGCCGUGGAAGUCAGCCGCGGUGGCUGCAGAGCCGGAGCCGGGCCACCUCGCCGCGUCAUGGCGCCCACCCUGGCCACUGCCCAUCGGCGCCGCUGGUGGAUGGCCUGCACCGCGGUGUUGGAAAACCUCCUCUUCUCGGCAGUCCUCCUGGGCUGGGGCUCGCUGCUCAUCAUGCUCAAGUCGGAGGGCUUUUACUCCUACCUGUGCACGGAGCCAGGUUUCUCUCUCUCCGCACUCACAGAGAAUGUCACCAACGGCACAGCGGGUGAAUCAGAGCAGGAGGAGGAGGUGAGCUGGAUGAAUGGUUGGCUCAGCUGUAAGGCCCAAGAUGAGAUGCUAAACUUGGCCUUCACCGUGGGCUCCUUCCUGCUCAGUGCCAUCACCCUGCCCCUGGGCAUCGUCAUGGACAAGUAUGGCCCAAGGAAGCUCAGGCUGCUAGGCAGUGCCUGCUUUGCUGUCUCCUGCUUGCUGAUUGCAUAUGGAGCAAGUAACCCAAAUUCUCUCUCUGUGCUCAUCUUCAUCGCCCUGUCUCUGAACGGCUUUGGCGGGAUGUGCAUGACGUUCACCUCAUUAACACUGCCCAACAUGUUCGGUGACCUUCGGUCCACGUUUAUUGCCUUGAUGAUUGGAUCCUAUGCCUCCUCAGCAGUCACCUUCCCAGGAAUCAAGGUCAUCUACGACUUUGGUGUCUCCUUCGUCAUCAUCCUCGUGGUCUGGGCCGGCUGCUCCGGGCUGGUUUUCCUCAACUGCUUCUUUAACUGGCCUCUGGAGCCCUUCCCAGGGCCAGAGGACAUGGACUACUCGGUGAAGAUCAAGUUCAGUUGGCUGGGCUUUGACCACAAGAUCACAGGGAAGCAGUUCUACAAGCAGGUGACUACAGUGGGGCGCCGCCUCAGCGUGGGCAGCUCCAUGCGGAGCAACAAGGAGCAAGCGGCACUGCAGGAGGGCCACAAGCUCUGCCUGUCCACCGUCGACCUGGAGGUGAAGUGCAAGCCAGAUGCCGCAGCGGCCCCCUCCUUCAUGCAAAGCAUAUUCAGCCCCAUCCUGCUGCUCAGCCUCGUCACCAUGUGCGUCACCCAGCUGCGGCUCAUCUUCUACAUGGGCGCCAUGAACAGCAUCCUCAAGUUCCUGGUCAGCGGUGACCAGGACAAAGUUAGCCUCUAUACCUCCAUUUUCGGUGUGCUCCAGCUGCUCUGCCUGCUGACGGCCCCCAUCAUUGGCUACAUCAUGGACUGGAGGAUGAAGGAAUGUGAAGAUGCCACUGAGGAGCCUGAGGAGAAGGACGCCAACCAAGGCGAGAAGAAGAAGAAGCGGGACCGGCAGAUCCAGAAGGUCACCAACGCCAUGCGGGCUUUUGCCUUCACAAACGUGCUGCUUGUGGGCUUUGGGGUGACGUGUCUCAUUCCCAACCUGCCUCUACAGAUCCUCUCCUUCAUCCUGCACACGAUUGUGCGUGGAUUCAUCCACUCUUCCAUUGGGGGCCUGUACGCCGCCGUGUACCCCUCCACCCAGUUCGGCAGCCUCACAGGACUGCAGUCUCUGGUCAGUGCACUCUUCGCUCUCCUGCAGCAGCCCCUGUUUCUGGCCAUGAUGGGUCCCCUCCAAGGAGACCCUCUGUGGGUGAACGUGGGGCUGCUGGUCAUGAGCCUGCUGGGGUUCUGCCUCCCCCUCUACCUCAUCUGCUACCGGCGCCAGCUGGAGAGGCAGCUGCAGCAGAAGAGGGAAGAUGACAAGCUGUUCCUCAAGCUCAACGGCUCCUCCAACCAGGAGGCUUUCGUGUAGUGCCCACCACCUCAGAACUGUGGCCUCCUGCCCUUGCUUCAGUGACUCACCAGUGUCCUCCUCCCCACCCCAGAGGACCGCCACGCACCCCCAGGAGCCUCUCCUCCACCUCGCUGGAGUCCGUGCGCCCUCCCGGGGCCCUGGUCCUGCCUUGGCGCUCUGCUGUGGAAGGACAGGGGAGGGCCCGCGCGGGGGGUUUUCCUGCUGCUGGAAGAGGGCUGCCCUGGGCUUGGCUCUGCCACCUUUGAGGGGCCCUGGAGCCUUGAGGCUCCCUGGUACCUGCAGGAGGAGCCAGGAGGACCCCUGACAGUCAGGCUCUCUCCCUCCAGUAUCUGGAUUCUGCCUCUUGCCAAAGCCGAGGGACCUGCCAUUCACUGCCUACCACCUGCCUCUCGGCUGCAUGCCCACCCACCACGCCUGCCUGAGGACAAAGGCCUGCGCUGUCUGCACCCCCUCGCCGGCCCCUCAUCUCCACCCCUGGUCCGUCUGAGGCUGCCUGAGGAAGGAAGGACCCGCUUCCUGUUGUUGGUGCUAACUCCUUUGUGAUGCCAGCCCCCUGUGGCCAGGCCGUGGCCUGUCCUCCGUUUGAGGCCUGUGGAGAAGCCCCCUGGCUGACAGCCUGGGGAGGGAUGGGGGGCCACACUGGGCUCAGGAGCCAGGGACAAAGGACCUCGGGAUCUAAGUGGAGAGCAAGUUUGUGCUGCCGCUGUCAUCCAGUCCGUGACCUGAAGGGAAUUAAAGGGGCACCAACACAGCUAUUGUUGUGGGGGUGGAAGUGAGGCUGUGGUUGAUAGACCGGAGGGCCAGGCCUGGUGGGGAGGUAGAUAGUGAGGGGCCUGGGUGUUUGUGUAUGUGUAGGUGUGUACAUGUGCUGUGUGUGAGAGAGGUGUGUGGGGUGGUGGUAGGGUGUGGGCUCUGGGUAUCUGCUGUUAUUCUCCAGAGCCGCCCAGGAGCCAGCCUGGCUCAUCUGGGAGUUUGUGGGCGGCUGUGGAGCCACCACGCCCCCUGCUGGCAGACUCCUCCAGGGCCCUGAGCUGUUUACAGGGGAGGCCUCCCUUCCUCUGCCAGGCGGGCCUGAUUUACCAAUCCACCCACCAGGACUUGCCCCAGAAAUGUGUCUGGGACUUCCUGGGAGCGCAGAGAGGGGUGGGUGGAUUUUUAGGUUUCUAGUUUUUGUUUGUUGUUUUAUCAGACUCCUUUUUAUAAAGCAAUAAGUCAGUUUUCCUCCUGUUAGGGUCGUCCCUGCUAGCACAUCAGUUAAGGGCUACACAUGCCUGUUUUGAGCUGGAGGAGGCAAGACAAGUUUUGUUACCACUGACCAGCCCCAGUCGUACCCAGUUGCUCACAAUCUCUCCAGAUGAUUGCCAGCUUGGGAGGGGAAGGGCUGGGAAAAGACCCCUUCCACCCCCACCUGGACUUGUGCAGACAUCUUCGAAGGGGACGACCCCCUCCUCUGCUGCUUCUCCCAGCCAAACAGGCUAAUCCUGGCCCCUUUGGUCCCCUGCUCAGCUCUCCUGUCACCGGUCAACUAUCCUGAGGGUUCCUCCUGAGUUCAAUCCCAGGAGAGCCUCAGACGCAAAGAGACAGAGGCAGAACAUGGUGGGGGGAUUGGACAGAGAACAGGAAGGGGCAGAUCCAGGCCCACAUU